GACGAAAAACGGCAUAUAUAAACACAUAUUUGUACACUUAUCAGGGAUUUUAGAAAGCUAUUGCAAUAUAUACGAUCGGUUUAAUAAAAAAGCUAAUCAAACAUGGGCGUGGAUUAUUAUAAAACGUUGGGGAUACCGCGAAAUGCUGAUCAAAAGACUAUCAAGAAAGCUUAUCAUCAGAUGGCCCUCAAGUACCACCCGGACAAGAACAAGGACAACCGCGAUACGGCGGAGCGAAAAUUUAAAGAGGUCAGUGAAGCCUACGAUGUUCUUAGUGAUGAGAAGAAGAAGGCAAUCUAUGACCAGUAUGGGGAGGAGGGACUCAAAGCUGGCAUGAGUCAGGAUGAUGGCCCACACAUGAACUCUCAGUGGUCAACUCAGGGUGGUGACGGUCGCCAUACUGCAUAUACUUUUACGACUGACGAUGCUUUUGGUAUUUUUGAGCGUUUUUUCGGUACACGGGAUCCCUUUAGUGGUGGUGAGGCCUUUGGCGGCGGUGGCCCUGGGUUGCAUCGUGUUUUCCGUGGCUUUGGCGGCCCGGACGGCUUCAUGACUGGAUUUGCGACUCCGCAAGCUUCUCCUGACCGUGAGGUUCCAGCAGUUGAAUACACUUUCGCUUGCACACUAGAAGAAAUUUUCCAUGGCUGUGUAAAAAAGUUUUCUGUCUCACGUGAUAUGCCUAACGGGAAAGAUAAAAAGGAGUUUGAGGUAAAGGUGUCACCAGGUUAUAAGAAGGGCACAAAGAUACGAUUCGAACGAGAAGGUGGCUGCGUCAAAGGCUACGCACCCAAUGUACUUGCUGAUAUGGUGUUUGUAUUGGACGAGAAGCCACAUACUCGCUUUAAACGAGUAGAUGCAGAUCUAUUCACUGAUAUGUAUAUCAACUUAAAGCAGGCUCUUUUGGGCACUACCGUGCAGGUAAAGGGUAUUGACGAAAAGGUCCAUACGCUUCCGUUGACAGGUGUUACCAAGGAGGGGCGCAAACUGCGCAUUCGUCAGGAGGGAAUGCCAAAUCGGAAGCUUAAUUCUCGCGGCGAUCUUUACAUCACAUUUCAUGUCGACAUGCCGGAGAAGCUCUCUGAGGAAACAAGACGCUUGGUGGAGAAGUGUAGUUUUUAAAGGAAGCCAAUCUUAGCAGGCAUAUUUACCAUCUUUUUGUAUUUACCUAUUCGAUUGAGGGCAAUUAUUAUUUGAAUUUUUUGAUAAACUUGAUUUUUUAUUGUUGCCACAUUGCGCAAGGCAAUGUAUUGUACCUUCUGAAAGGUACAAUAUUCAUUUAUCCACAAUUUAUAUUUGAAAGGAAAAUAACUUGACUAGUUUAACAUUCAGAUAUCAACUGUGAAUGGACCUAUUUACACAGCCUUACUCUUUGUGCAAGUAAGAUAACAUUUAUUAAGCAUGAUGAGUCAUUUAUGAACCAAUAAGAAACCUAUUUGUAUGGAUAUGCUCUUAAAUCAUUUUGAUUAAAA